AUGGAAGGAGCACAGCCGACACGCGUGGUGAAGGUGGCAGUAAUCGGGGCUGGUCCUGCUGGGCUUACGUCCGCAAAGCAGCUGGCGGCUGCGGGUCUCCACCCUACGGUGUUCGAGCGGGCCGACGGCAUUGGCGGGGUGUGGCGAGAGAUGACGUCGUUCUCGGACUUCCCGCUCAAGCCCACCGCGUCACUGUUUCCGACGUGCGGGGAGAUGGAGGCCUACCUGGCCGACUAUGUGGCACACUUCGACCUGGGCCGGUUCAUACGCCUGCGCACAGAGGUGGUCCACUUGAAACGGAUCGACUGGAGCUCCCCUGGCACCGAUCGCUGGCUGGUCACGUGCAAGAGCGGUACCCUAUGCGCGCUGGAGCUCUCAGGCCGGACUGGGCGGACAGAGACUCUGGAGUUCGACGCUGUCCUGCUGUGCUGUGGCGUUUUCUGGAACCCCAACCUGCCUCGUUUUCCAGGCCAGGAGUCGUUCAAAGGCGAAGCCAUUCACUCGCACAUUUACCGAGUACCAGAGCCUUAUGCAGACAAGGACGUGUUGCUGGUGGGCAUAGGCAACAGCGCCUUGGACAUAUCCCUUGACCUCGCUCAAGUGGCGCGCUCGGUCACCAUAUCUGCGCGCUCAGGUUCCCUGAUUCUGUCGGUUGAGGAGGCUGGGCAGGCCACGGACCAGAAGCUUCUCUCGCGUGCGGCACAGCGGAUGGCGCCCGAGGAGCGUAUGCAACUCUUCCUCUCAUUCCAGCUCACAACCGCCUUCAUGCAGCAUGGCAUGCCACCACCGCCGCGACGGCCUGAACACGCACACCACAGCCUCGUCAAGAAGAAGGACGAAUACAUUGCGCGGCUCGAGGAGGGGAAGAUCAAGAUCAAACCCAACAUUCAACGAAUCGACGGCGACAAGAUCACGUUCGUUGACCAGACGGUGAUGGAGAAUUGCGGCGCCAUCAUCUUCUGCACGGGCUACAACCUGACCUUCCCGUUCAUCGACGAUGUCUCGCUGUUGCCAGGAAUGGAAGCGGGCAGGCUGGAUCUCUACAAGAAGGUCUUCCACCCUUUCCACCCCACCCUCGCGUUCAUCGCCCACGUCGACGCGAUCGGCAGCAUCUUCGCCAUCUCCGAAAUGCAGAGCCGGUGGGUGGCCAAGGUAGGUCCUCGCGAACAAGAUAGCGCUGCCUCGCAGACCACCAUGCUGGCGGAUAUCGAGAAGCACAAGCAAAGGCUGGCCGUGGUGAAGCCCAAGUACCCGAUGUUCGUAAGCUACCCCAACUACAUGGACGAGCUGGCCCAACGAAUCGGAUGCCUCCCGACGCCCCACAAGCAUCUCCACCAGGGCCGAGUGAAGCAAAUACUGGACGACGGUCCCCUCCUCCCCACCACCUAUCGGCUCCACGGCGACGAUCACUGGCCGCACGCCGGUCCCACCCUGGCCCGCCUCUAG